GACAGCGAUUACGCCAGACGAGAAGUACCUUAGGUCUUCCAGGCAGACUGGUGUGCAUCGUAAUGUAAGGCCACCGAGUGUACAUAACCGUGUGCAAAUGCCAAUUGGCUUUCUGCCCGUGUCUUACUCCGUACUUACAUGCUCUCCAUUCAGCCCGGCCCCCCUUCCUCAUAAGACGCCUUCAACUCGAGACUACGGAGUACACAGUGUGAUAGUACAUCCUUCAGACCCUGGCUCCACCUGAGACCCGUCUUCAAAAGCCCGACUGCGCUCCCUGGGGCUGACUUUUUCUUUAUCAUCCAGCCCAUCUGCCGUCCAUUCAUUGUUGUUUGCUCGACUCUGCUUGAUCCCUUCCUCCUCCAAGUCCAUCCCGUCCACAAGAUGUCUACCCACCAGAUCGUCAUCAUUGGUGCCUCCUUUGCCGGCCUCGGUGUCGCUCAGGGGCUGCUGAAGAACGUCCUGCCGCAAUUGUCCCAGGGCGGCAAGAACAAAUACAAGGUCAUCCAGAUUGCUCCUAACGACGAGUUCUUCUGGAAAAUCGGGGCCCCUCGAGUCAUCGUCAAUCCCAGCUCACUGCCCCUUGAAAAGGCCCUUCUUCCGAUCGCUCCUCAUUUCAAGGGCUACAGCCCCGAGCAAUACGAGUUCAUCAAGGCCUAUGUCACCUCGAUCGAUCCUUCCAGCAAGACUGUCCACACCAGCACCUCGGCCGCCGUCCACUACGAUUCCCUCGUCAUUGCCUCUGGUACCACCUUCAGCACUCCCAUCUGGACCGUCUCAGAGGGCACCGAAGCACUAAAAUCUGCACUCAGUGAAAUCCACCAGAAACUCCCCAAUGCUCAGACAAUACUGGUCGCCGGAGGUGGAGCUGCCGGCGUCGAGACUGCCGGCGAACUUGGCGAGCUGUAUGGGAAGAAGAAGGAAAUCACAAUCUUGUCUGGCAGCACCAGUCUGUUGCCCAGACUUAACAACAAGAAGAUGGGGGCGGAAGCCCAACAACGCCUUGAGCGAAUGGGCGUCAAGGUCAUCAAUGACGGUGUCAAGGUGCUUGAGCAUACCAAGGAAAAUGGCAAGGAUGUCUUGAAACUGAGCACGGGAGAAACCAAGACUGUCGACCUCUACAUUGAUGCUACAGGUGACAAGCCCAACAGCAAGUUCAUUCCUCAGGAAUGGCUAGACGACCAUAACAGGGUCAAGACUGAUCCUCAGACUCUCCGUCUGGAUGUUCCUGGUGUCACUGGUGUCUACUGUUUUGGUUCGGUUGGUAGCUACUCGGACGGUGCCGUCAUAGAUAUCAAAUUCGCGAAGUCAGCCGUACUCGAGAGCAUCAAGUUGGAUCUCCAAGGAACUGCCCCAGGCCCUCGUACCAAGAACAUCUACAAGAAGAUCACAAGCGACAUGCAGUUUGUGCCUAUUGGAUCCCAAGGCGGUGUCGGCAUUGCUUUUGGCUGGAAACUCCCCAGCUUCAUGGUCAAGAUGGCCAAAGCCAAGGACUUCAUGAUCGGACAGGCUCCCAAGACCAUUGAGGGCACUGCUUGAUCAAAGCUGACCUCGAAAUCCAUUUUCAGGGUUGUUGUUCUGCUUUUUUUAUAGAGAUACCCAGUCAUAUCAGCGGGUGCAAAAUGUGAUCUCGCAGGGAAGAGAUGAGCGUUGAUUCUUGCAUAGAAGCUGUUUAAUCGAUCAAUACAUGAGAUGAACCUCUUAAAUAAA